GGCGUGUUGGCCAAGUGCCGUGGCCGCGACGACACGGGUGAGCGCUGCGCGGAGCUCAGCUCCAUGGGCAUGGGCGUGCCGUACCACUCCAAGAAGCCCGAGUACGCGGGGGUGGCGCACUGGUGGCGCACGUCGCUGUACAAUGCGGAGCUGCUGCUGCACCACCGCCUGCGCAACCACCUCUGCCUCACGCCGCACCCCUCCCAGGCGCACCUCUUCUACGUCCCCUUCUACCCCGGGCUGCAGCUGGAGCACGUGCUGGGCUUCUCCAACGCCACCAUAGACGAGUACUAUGACGACUUGGCACAGUGGAUUCGCCGCCAACCCGCCUUCAAGCGGUACGGCGCCAAGGACCACUUCUUCGGGCUGGGGCGCACCACGUGGCUCUUCCGCCGCUCGCUGUCCCCCGUGCUGGACGGCGCUAACCUCGAGCAGAUGCCCGAGUUCAUGCCCAUGAUGAAGCUGGAGGUGGAGCGCUACGCGUGGGACGACCAGGACUCGUUCGGGCUGCCCUUCCCCACGGACUUCCACCCCAUCUCCACCAAGCAGCUGCGCCGCUGGCAGGCCACGGUGCGCAGUGCGAAACGCCCCUACCAGUUCGCAUGCAUCAUCCCCCCUGACAGCAAGGAGCCCGAGGCGGCCACCAAGACGCGGGCAGCGGUGGUGCAGCAGUGCCAGGCGCCGUCCACCUCGUGUGCGCUGCUCAACUGCAGCCGCGGCGACUGCAGCCACGAGCAGGUCAUGGACCUGUACCUGUCAGCACAGUACGCGGUGCAGGACGGCAGCAACUUCGGGCUGCGCUACCUCAUGGACUCGCUGGUGGCGGGGGCCGUGCCCGUCAUGCUCUGGAACCGCACCUACGCACUCUACCAGCACCACUUCCCCUCCAACCCCGACUCCUUCUCGGUGUACCUGCCAUACAUCGACGUGCCUGAGUGGACCACCGUGGAGCAUCGCCUCUCCAAGGUCGCCCCCGCCCGCUACCGUGCGCUGCAGCUGCAGGUGAUCCACAUGAUACCAUCGCUCAUCUACGUGGACCCCUCGCAUGUCCUUUCCAACGUGCGCGAUGCCGUCGACAUUGCCAUUGACCACAUGGUCGACCUCUGGCGCGACCGCAAGGCUCGGCAUGAGUAUCCCAUACCAUCCACAGCCUCCGAGCCUGGUGGCGCAGGCACGGAGACUAAAGAGGACGGGCGUGGCAAACGAUUGGCGGAUGCGACGCUGAGCGAAUUGAGUGGGGGUGGUGAGGUUGCUCAUGAAGAGGCGAAGGAAAGCAGCGAUGCCAACAAUGAAGGAUGA